AUGAGCAGCCCCGCGACAACAGACCGUGGACGCAGGCUAGAGCACCAGCAGCGUGCCUAUGAGCUGCAGCUCAGGGGCGGACUCGAGGGCGCGGCUAAAUACACCGUGUUCGGCAUCGUGGCCGUUGGUAUCGCUCACCGCUUCUGGCCUCUGUUCAGGAAGCAGACGUGGGGUCUCAAGGCCUUUAUCGUGUCGUCCGCAACGAUGAGUGGCCUCGUCAUUGGCGCAGACAAGUACCUCAUCAUGUACGAGAGCGCGCAGCGCGAUGCCGAGAACGCUGUCCGUCGACAGGCGCAGAACGCCCUUGCCCGCCGCGGCAUCAUCGCGACCGAGACCGAGAUCCGCCGCUGGCGGGCCGAGCAGGAGGCCGAGCGCGUCGCCGCGGAGAAGGUCGCCGUGUCGGACGCCCAGGCCGUGGACGCCGGAUCGCCCGUCAACCCCAUCGCGAUCUCGGUUGUCGUCGAGGAGACGGAGCCCGGAAAGAAGCCCGUCGCCGUCGCUGUGAAUGCGCGCGACGUGGUGGAUACCGCCGCGGCGAGCGAGAGCGCCGAGGCCGGACUGGUGGCUCGUAUCGCCGAGGCGAGGCGCGCGGGCAACACUGUUGUCGUCACUGCGACAGAGGCCGUGUUGGCCGAGCAGCGAGAGGCGAGGGAGCAGCGUGCCAGGGAGUUGGGCAAGCAGUGA